AUGACACUUAGACGAACGGAGACGAUAGAAAGCGAGUAUUUUCUGUAGACAGACAGGUCAGUCACACUUUGUUUUGGGGGAGGAAACAAAACACGGAGCCAUUCUAAGGACUGAGAGUAGAGUGUGACAGACGCAGUGACUGGCUGGAAUAAAGUGAAGGCAAGAUGGUGGCAAAUCGUGAAACAUGGAGUAAAAAGCUUGAGUUUCUACUGGCAGCAAUUGGCUACUCUGUCGGACUAGGCAAUGUCUGGAGAUUUCCUUAUCUUUGUUUCCAGAGUGGUGGAGGUGCCUUUCUCUUUCCGUUCUUUCUGAUGUUGAUACUGUGUGGUGUGCCGUUGCUAUAUAUGGAACUCACUGUUGGACAGUACACACAACAGGGCCCAGUCGGGGCACUCGCUAAAAUCUGUCCCCUUUUUAAAGGAGCUGGUCUUGCUACCGUGGUGAUAUCAUUCCUGUUUACCACGUACUACAAUGUCAUCAUCACCUGGUCAUUUUAUUACCUCUUCAGCAGCUUUACUGGAGAGCUCCCUUGGAGCCACUGUGGACACGAGUGGAACUCUCCACUCUGUUGGGAUGGAAGUAAAGCACAAGCCAUGUUGAAAAACGUUACUAGCAAUAACAGCACUGUGCUGCGGAACAGCACAGAGGCUGUUAAACCCAAUGGAACUGUAUCACCCACUGAAGACUUUUUUGAAUCCAAAAUGUUGCGGAAGAGCUCUGGAAUCGAGGAGAUGGGAAUGCUGAACUGGGACUUGUCCUUAAUUCUGUUGUUAUGUUGGAUCAUAGUGUACUUCUGUAUUUGGAAAGGGCCAAAGGGAACCGGAAAAGUUGUUUAUUUCACUGCUACAUUUCCCUUUUUGGUUCUCAUCAUUUUACUGGUAAGGGGAGUAACUCUUCCAGGUUCUUGGAAUGGAAUUAUGUACUUCAUUUGGCCAAAAUGGGAAUUACUCGCAGAUCCAAAGGUGUGGGUGUAUGCCGCGGCACAGAACUUCAAUUCUCUGGGGAUAGCGUUUGGUGGUAUCAUUACGAUGUCAAGCUAUAACAAAUUCAACAAUAACAUUAUGAAAGACGUGUUGACAAUAGCAGUGGUUGAUGCUGUCACGUGUCUGCUGGCAGGAUUUGCGAUAUUUGCUACUUUGGGUUACCUUGCUGAGAACCAACAGACAGAUGUAACUAGUGUGAUAAAACAAGGUCCAGGGCUUGUGUUCAUAAUUUACCCAGAGGCCUUCACAACCAUGCCUGUCCCACAACUUUUCUCCAUUGUCUUCUUCUUCAUGCUUAUCUGUCUAGGUAUAGACAGUCAGUUUGCAUCUGUGGAAGUGAUUGUGACAACCCUGAAUGACCACUUUGGGAAACAGGUGAAGAAGUACCUUAAGCGUAAAGAGGUCCUGGUUUUCAUCGUUUGUGCCUUCUCUUUCUUAUGUGGACUGCCUAAUGUGGCACAGGGAGGACUGUAUUUCUUCUCCCUCCUCGACCAUUAUGCUGCAGCUGUGUCUCUCAUGUAUCUCGCCUUUUUUGAGGUGAUUGCCAUUACAUGGAUUUAUGGUGCAAAUCGACUUUCCAACAAUGUUAAAGAAAUGAAUGGCAGCCGACCGAAUCGGUUCUUCACUUUCUGCUGGUACUUUGUCUCUCCAAUCCUGAUAUUUGUUAUCUGGCUGUUCAGUAUGGUUAUGUACAAACCAUUCCAACUAGCUAACUACACCUACCCAGUUUGGGCCAGUGCGCUUGGUUGGUUCUUUGCAUUGUUGUCGGUGAUAUGUGUACCUUUGGGCAUGAUUCACGCAUUCUACAUGGCCAAGGGAGACAACUUAUGGCAGAGAUUCAAGAACACGCUGAAGUCUCCCCUACCUGACAGUGUGCUACCAUCUAAUACAUCUUACUACACUGGUGAUAUUGUCAUUUCAAACGGCAAAAUCCCGGAGAAAGAGCCGCUGAAUAAACCAGACCUUGAUACGACUACGAAAGUUUGAUUCCUGUGAGGGUGGCAUAUAGACAUUGAAAUCCAUUUUCUAUUUUUGUAUUUUCAUUUACUUUCAAAAUAUUUCACUUCUCAAUAUCACACAUGCAUAUUAACUAAUUUAUUUUUGUCAAAUCCUCCACAUAAAAACCAUUCUUCAGUGAUGGAGAAAUUCUGCAAAAUUGUUAUGUAGCUAUUCCUUGAAAACGACAGCUCCAAGAACCUAUAUAUAGCUCUGGUGCAAUGUUCAGUUUAUACAAAUCACAUUUCAUACUUCAAAAGCACCAGAAUUGAUUUUCCUGUUUGGAUUUUUUUCUUAUUGUUUGAUAAUUUGGUGAAGAUGUACUUUUAUAUUGCAUUUUGUAGACCUAGUUUUCAUCAUUUGAGCUUGAGUUGAGAAAAUGUUU